CGUCUUUCGGAGGCUGCCGCUGCUGGUGCUGGUCGUCCUCCUGCUCCUCCUCUUAGUUGUCUUCCACGUGUGCAUCCUCGACAUCGUUCCACGACAUGGCCACAUAAGACGGUCUUCGAAGAAGGGCGUCGGUAUGGAGGGGCGCCAGGGGAUGUGUAGGUUUGCAGGGAAUCAAGGUGGUGGCCAAUGGGUUGGGCAGAGCCCGUCGAGAAGUUCAAGGUCGUCGGAGCGGUCUGGGUACGUGCACCUGCCACCGCACUUGCAACCUCUGUCGGACACGUCCGACGAGGAGGCGGAGGACAGACGGUCACAGACCGUGUCGCUGGGAAGCAGGUCCACCGAGGAGUGGGCGGCUAAAGAGCUCUGUGGAAGCCGCGACAACGGUAACUUGAAUGGGCAGUCGUACACCGAACUCCUCCGGCAGGGGCUGAGUGGCGACGAAGGCGAUGGCGGCUUGAAUCUGUCGUUCGGGCUGUGUAGCGGGAGGUCGUCGGCCGCCUCCCGAACAGUCAUCGUCAACAACCAUCCCGACGACGACGGUGGGCAAGUGACGGCUGUUGCGCGAUCAUUGAGGUCUCCAACGCCGGUCCGGGAUGCGUCCGAGAACAAUGGGGAUCCUCCAAAGCAGCAAUACCGGUCGCCAUCUGUGUCGAGGGGUGCCUCGGCUCGCCCCCUAUGGAUGCAGUCUCUGUCUCCCAUGUCCGCCAAUUCGACUGCCGCCAGCCGCCGAGGCGAAUGCGGGGAGACGGAUUGUGGCAUCGCCGAUUUUGGUGAUGCACGCGAUGGGAGGGAGGUGUGGGAAGAACAUCGACGAACACUUCAUCCACGGCGGGAGGAAUCCGUAACUCAGGGGGUGCAGCGAUUGUGUGUGAGGGAGGAGGAAAACCGGCACGACGACGACGAGGACGGAUCGAUGAGAUGUUCUUCUCAAACGAAGGGAAGCCCUGCCGGUUUCGGCAAGAGGAAGAGCACGAAGCAGCAAACGUUCAAAGCGCUGACGGAAUGCAUGGAGAAGCACGGGGCUCUAGUGGCGUCGACGAUGGAGAGCAACAACAAGCGGCAAUGUUCUAUCCAAAUCAGGCAGUGCGAGGCGUUUGAAGCCGAGGUCGAAGUGCAGAAAAAGCACUACGCAGCGUAUGACGACAGCAAACUGAUGUGUCAUGCUCUGCUGGAGAUAGCGAAGGUCAUCCGCGAGCGUUAGAGUUCGUGCCGCCUCUCUUGUGCGCAUUGUGGCUUCCAUCAUCCAGACGACGCGAAAGUGAGAGCCUUUCCGACAUCGAUGUAGCCGUCGCUGCCCGUCACGGACAUGACGGUUCCCGAUUGGCUGUGCUGGCCAGGGAAGUGCAUGGUGGUCCGAUUGGGUGGAUGACUUCUCCUGUCACAUUGACAUCUGUUUCUUUUUUUGUUUUAUUUUUGGGGUUUCUCGUAGGCUACUGCCGUUUGUCGGGACGGAUAAUUCCGUCAUUUCUGAAUUUAUACUGGCACUGAUGAAGUGCAGUAUGCACUUCUCUUUUUUAAAUGACGACUUCGAUUUGCUCUUUCUCUCUCCCUUUCUAUCUAUCUACUUGACAGUGUCUCUCUCCAUCUAUCUCUCUGUUUUGGUCUCUCUCUCUCUCUCUCUCUCUCUCCACCAAUAUAUGUUUUGUUGUCCUCUCCCCGAAUGAAAUGUAAAGGUGUAA